GAAGGCGGCCGGGCCAUGCGGGCCGUGGCGCUGCGGCUCCUGUGUCUGCUGGCGGCGGCUCGGGGGGCCGAGAGCCCCGGGCAGCCCGGCCCCGCCUGCGCCCCCGCCGGCUCCCCGGGCUCGGGCGGGCGGCAGCCGCUGGGCGCCACGUGGGCGCCCGGCCGGGGGCGGCCGGAGCCGGCGGGAGGCGCCGCCCGCAGACGGGCCAAGCGGGGCUUCACUUACCCGGGCACCCUCUGGUGCGGGGCCGGCAGCAACGCCGACAGCUUCGAGCAGCUGGGAGAACACCGGGAGACCGACAAGUGCUGCCGGGAGCACGACCACUGUCAGCACGUCAUCCACCCCUUCACGUACCAGUACGGCUACCGGAACCUCCGCUGGCAUACCAUCAGCCACUGCACCUGCGACCUGCGGUUGAAAGGCUGCCUGAGGCAGGUGAAUGACACUGCCUCCCGCGUGGUGGGCCAGGCGUUCUUCAACGUGAUCCAGGUGCCCUGCUUUGAGUUCACCUACAGAGAACAGUGCGUGGAGCCCUAUUUGUACAUCUGGUGCAAGAAGUACAACACCGUGGCCAUUGCGGUCCCCCGGGCGCCGGUGCUCUAUGAGUUUGGUGGGGAACUGAUAGACCAAGUGGCAGCCGGCUCAGACAGGGCUCCCUCCAGCCCAGCGCCCCAGCCCAGCACUCCCCCACCUAGAGAGAGCACGGGCAGAUGGGCCCCUCCUCCGACAAAGCAUCCACCCCCAGGCCAGGUUGUCACACGGGCUAUGGACAGCUCCCAGAAGUCUGCGCCCACUGGGCCCAAGCCAGAGAGCCCCACCAAGAACCAGCGGAAGGGGAAAGGGAAGAAGAGAGGGAGGAAAACCAUGAAAGGAAAAGGGCUGAAAAAGAAGAAAGUCCAUUCCAAAGUUGAGGUGCUGGGGCUCCCCACCCCCACUGCAGAUGCUGCCUCCCUCCUCCCUAAGCAUCUGGGGCUGGGGGAGCUGGGAAACAAGCUGCUGGACUCUGGGGGGAAGGAGGAUGCAUUCAACGCCAUCCUGAACGAUGCCCCCAUCCGGGAGGAGACCCUGACUCCACACGGGACAGCGCAGGCUGAAAACAGUGACUGGGGGCAGUGGAAAGCAAGGCCUUUACCUACUCUCCAGCCCACGUUCCCAGCUGCCAGCAGGAGGAAGAGGAGGCGGGAAAGAAAUGGAAGGAAGCGCCUGAGAAAGAAAGCGGAGUCUCUGCCCAGGCCUGUCUGAGACUCACUGCAGCCAAGGCUGCCCUUCCCCUCGUCCCCAAGAGAGCAGCUUGCCAGUGUAAUAAAUUAGCUCAAUGCA